AUGGAAUUAAUAAUUUUUAAACGGUGGUUAAAAAAUUACAAACGAAAGGAAAACGAACGAUUAAAGCAAUUGCGGGCACUAAAGUACGGCUUUAAUUUUGCUUUGGCCGUUUCUUUUCCAGGCAAAUAUAUUGCGGAAAAGUACGAAAUUUCGUUACCGGAAAUUACGAAUAACAAAAAGGAAAUAAAUUUAAAUUAUAAACCGGUUAUUAAUUUAACCGGCACGGAUUUGCUUUAA